CUCGCUCGGAUCCCGGUGGGGUGGAGUGGAGGGAGGGAGUCCCGGUCGCUCCUUUCUCCCAGCGAUGGCGCCGUGGUGCCGCGCCCAGUACCCCGCCGGCCGGCCGGUACUCACGAUUAUCGAGAACCCCCUCAGGCGGUGAGACUGGGAGGGGGUCCGAGGGAGCGGCAGAGCGCUGCCUGCCACGGGGACCAUGAGGAGCGGCCAGACCCGUGGGGCGGAUUGCGGGAGCAGCCGCGGCACCUGCUGAAAGGAAAGAGGGUGCGGCGGCGCGGCGGCGGCUCGCCCGCACCUCGGCCAUGUCUCUGCUCUGCGUGCGCGUUAAAAGAGCCAAAUUCCAGGGUUCACCAGAUAAAUUUAACACGUAUGUGACCCUGAAAGUGCAGAAUGUGAAGAGCACAACUGUAGCAGUGCGUGGUGAUCAACCUUCCUGGGAACAAGAUUUUAUGUUUGAGAUUAGUCGCCUGGACCUGGGUCUAAGUGUGGAGGUAUGGAACAAAGGACUGAUUUGGGACACCAUGGUGGGUACCGUGUGGAUUGCACUGAAGACAAUUCGACAGUCAAAUGAGGAAGGGCCUGGGGAGUGGUCCACAUUGGAGGCAGAGACAUUAAUGAAAGAUGAUGAGAUCUGUGGAACUAAAAACCCAACUCCUCAUAAAAUUUUGCUUGAUACAAGAUUUGAAUUGCCUUUUGAUAUCCCAGAGGAAGAAGCCAGAUAUUGGACCUACAAAUUGGAGCAAAUCAAUGCCUUGGGUGCUGACAAUGAGUAUUCUAUUCAAGAAGAAAGCCAGAGGAAGCCGUUGCCCAGUGCUGCCGCCCAGUGUUCUUUUGAAGAUCCCGAUAGUGCUGUCGAUGACCGAGAUAGUGACUAUCGCAGUGAGACCAGCAACAGCAUCCCACCUCCUUACCAUUCGACUUCCCAGCCCAACGCUUCUGUGCACCAGUUCCCUGUGCCUGUGCGAUUGCCACAGCAGCUGCUACUUCAGGGCAGUUCCCGCGACUCUUGCAACGAUUCUAUGCAAAGUUAUGAUUAUGACCUCGAUUACCCAGAGCGGCGGGCUCUCAGAUAUCCUCAGAAAUAUGAUACAAUUGAUAGAAGAAGGAAAAAGAAACCCUUGUACCGUCAUUUGGAAGACAAUGAAAGAAGACAGUAUAAUGAUAGAUUAGGAACGAAGACUAACUUCAAAAGUAUGUAUCCUAAUAGUGAAAAUUGUAACCUUUGCGACAUUGAAAAGAAGAAAAAUAAUUACCCAGUUUUGCACCCCUACAAAAAUGGAUUUGUGGUUAAGUGUGGCAUGUGGGCCGCUAAGUUGGAAAGUCAUGAUUAUGAUCUUCCAGGUUGUUUUAAGAACUGCGAAGAGUCAUCUGGCUUAACCCAGCAUGUCACUGACUUCAUUCCAUUGGAUAUUCUUGAAGAUUCUACUAGCAGUACUUCUGAUGAACUUCUGGAUUCGCCCAUUUCUUCUGAUAAGCAGGAAGGUUUACUGUCACCAACAUGCCAUCCAUCCAAUGUCCAUCAUAUUAGAGGCUUUCCCAAAGAAUAUUAUGUAGCAAAUCCAGCAUUCCCAUUACAAAGGAUGAAUUGCAAUGCAAACGCACUUGGAGAUCUGUCUGGGUGUCCCAUGGAAGAGAGAACCCUUUCUUCUACUGAACCUAAGGAGAACUAUAUUGUUACAAUAGAUGAGCUUCAGUGUUUUGUAGAAACAGUCUCAGAAUAUUUAGCAGAGAAGGAAGAGGAGAUUGAUAAAUAUGGUUCCCUUUCAAAAACUAAAAAAACAUAUAAAAUUAAUAGUACUGUUGAUAAUGCAGAACAAAAAAACCCUGGGGAUCAAAUACCACCUAUAAACAUUGUCAAGAAUGACAAGGACAAAGCCAUCUAUUUUCCUGAGUUGAGUGGAGUGAAAUGUGCUGUUGGUUCUUUGUUCAGUUCACUCACAGAAAAGGUGGGCUCGGGCACAAAGCAUCUAACAUUCUCUAUGGAAAAGCUGGGUUCUUCAGCUCCAGAGAGAACAGAAACUCUUAUUAAAAUAGAGACAAUUAAUUCGGGAUCUAGACCCAGAGCCAAGUCAGUAUCAGAGAAGGAUCUUUCCAUGCAAUCUCCAUUACCUUCUCAAACAAUUGAUAAUAAGGAUUUUGGCAGACAUGACAAAACCUCUGGAAAUGAGCACAUAGGCAUUAAAACUGGAAGUUUAAGCUUUCAGGAUGCAGCAGAAACUCUUGGAAGGGACUCUGCUCCACAGAGUCAGAGUUCAGUUAUAAAGUCUGUUUUCAGCAUGCUAAUGCCAUUAAAGAUCUUUCCAGAAAAGGAUGAAACCACAAAAGGUAAGAACAAGCCAACAAGAAAGAAAAGCUUCGUUGGGUGUGGUUCAGAAUCAAGUCAAAGGGAAGAUACACUUGGCAAUGACAGUAGCAUCAUUGCUUUAGAUAAGAGUAAUGGAGACAAUACAGGCUUGUCCCAAAUGACCAUAAGUGAGGAUUUGUUGUCUUCGCAAGCAGCCAGUGAAUCUUCAAACUUAGCUAGUUCUGCAAGUAAGAAAGAUGAUAUUGAGAAUCUGUUGGAAAGAAAACCCCACAUAGACCGCUCUCUGUUACCAGAUGAACCAAAAAUACUAGUAUGUGCCAAAGAUACUCCAGGACAGCCUUGUGUAGCUGGCAGUAGAACUGCAAAUAAAGAGGCUUCUUCAACGGCAUUAGAGAGAGACAGAGUUACUGGUGAUGAUGAUUUCCUUGAGCCACUCAGAAAAUCUUUUAGCCAGUUUUUACUCACUUCCACUGAAAACUGUUUAAAGGAAACUUUGUCAGAAUCUAGGAAAGUUCAUCAGUUGGAGGACAAUGGAUGGGAAAAGAUCCCUAAGAAAGAUGGACAUUCCUUUUCUUUUAGUGGAAAAUUACAUAUUCCAUUUCUCAGUGUUCUUAGUCAUUCUGAAAAGCAGCAGGAUUUAAGAGAGAAAGGAAGCGUUUUUCCUUUGUUUAAAUUUCCUUUCACUGACAGCCAUAUCACUGUCAAUGACCAGAGUUUUCAUGGCUCAGAAGUAGCCACUGAUGAAGAGAUGCAAAGAAACUGCCAUGAAAUUACCAAACUUAGUUCAAUAAAAUCUAGUUCAGUUACAAAUAUUCAUAAUAAUGUAGGAAAAUUUGGAGACACAGAGAAAUUUAAUAAAAAUGACCAAAAAAAUUGUCCUGAAGAUGCCACACUUAAUAAAAUAAAGUCUGAUUCAGUUCCAAAUACUAAUAAUGAUCUUGAGAAAUUUGGGGAUGUAGAGGUAUUAAAUUCCAGUGACCACACAGCAGAAGAGAACUGUGAAAGAGGUACUUUAGCCAUCCUUGCAGUUGUGCCCAAAGAGCAUAGGCCUUCUGAUUCAGGAGAAAGUAAGACUCUUACACAAGUGGCAUCUUUAUUAGUAUCAGACCCUUCAUUAGCAUUGACUUCUAUUUCACAACCCACCUUGAUUAAUGAAAUUAGUGAAGACAGACUUGUAGAUAAAGCUUCCAAGAAAAGAACACAAGGAGGCCUCCUUUCUGGCUUGUUUAACAGAUUCUCUUCUCUUGAAAACUUGUCUAGUACACAAGAAUUAAAUUUGAAAAAUGAUGAUUCUCAUCACAGGCAUAAUACCCCAAGCUUACUCUCAGGAAUAUUUAACUUGAUAACCAGUAGCAGUAUGACUGAUUAUAAACCAGAUGAAGCAAAGUCCAUGUCUUUAGGUGACAUAAAGAAUUUGAAUGGAAAUAAGCAUUUAUUCUUGGAUGAGAUCCCUGUUACUUCAUGUGUGACUUCUGAGAACCAGAGGAAUCAUGGUGAAAAGCAAGAAACUUCUGGCUUCAUAAAAAGUUUCUUAUCUUCACCUAAAGAAAACAUACCGUUGGUUGAUGCUUGGGUUGAUAAUCAUCAUUGCCCCUAUAUAUGGAAAAACCAGCACAGUGAAAAGCAUUGCCCCUCUUCUGAGAACAGUGUGCCAAAUGCUCAGCAAGACCUCUUAGAAAAAUCUUUGGUUAAGAGGCCAACACCACACCAUAUUGUUGAGGCAAACUUAUAUGAAAAUUCAAAUAAGUUAAAUCCACCUAUACUAAAUACUAACAUUCUUAAUAAAUCAAACCACUGUCAAGCUUUUGAAGAGAUGAACAAUCAUUUCUGUUAUGAAUGGGACUCUGAUAUAAAAGAUUUAUCUAAAGAUUCCAGAAUACUUCAGCCAGUUUAUUAUAUGUUGAAUCAAAAUACAUUUCCAUCAGCUGAUGUUUUUGUGUGGCCUGAUUCAGAAAACCCAGCAAUAAAUUUUUGCCAAAAAGAUCAAAAUGCAAAUAUCUUGGAGUGUAGAACAAAUUCAAACAGUGUCAUUUGGUGUGACUUACCAUAUGAAUCAUUCAAUCAGUUUGCAUUUAAUGAAGAUUACUUAGUAAGAGGUGAUAUGUGGGCAGCUAACUCAUGUAGAAAUUCUUGUCAUCUUUCAAUUAAUGAGACUGAGAAUUCACUAGAAGAAUUACCUAUUGACUUAAGUUGUUCUUCAGGUUAUGAGAAGACUUCAUACCCCAUAGAUGAUCAAGAAUCAUUAAGAAUGGAUGAAAACUUUGUUUUUUCAAAUAUUGAUUAUGAAUACCAGGAAUGGUUGUCAUGUCUUGAAAAUGGAGUGUGGUGGCCAUCAGAGGAUGGAGACUAUGGAUAUUAUAUGUUCCAUGAUGGUCAAUAUUCUUUUCUCACUGAUUCUACUGGGCAGUAUGCAUAUUUAUUUAUACCCGAUUGUCCUUAUCAAGAGUAUUUAAAUUGUGAUUCACAGACUAAUGAUUUAUCAGGUAUUAUAUUGGAUGACAGCAUUAUUUCUGCCUGUAGUUUUAGAGUACUAGAUAAAGGCGAUGAAUUAUUGUGGUAUGUUGAAGAGGAACCAAUUGAUGACCCUCUUGACUUAUCUAUAGUUUUGCCAAGAAGUGAGGGACCAAUGUAUCUAAAUUUAGGAACAUUUUCACAAGUUCUUGAAGAGUCAAGGUACAACCAAAGGGAUCGACCAUUAGAUUUUUCAGUCUGUAAUUCUGAAAAAUUUGAAGGAGAUUUUGGAUUUUUUGAAGAAAGGUUGUGUGUUUCUGAAGACUUUGAACAUACAUUGGAUCUCAGAAAUCAGCCCCAAAGUAUUGAUAAUCAUGUCUUAAAUAAAAAUCAAAUUAAAGAGGGAGACAAGAACCAGUCUGUAGUUAAGGAUUCAUUAGUUUACUUUCCCAGUUUUCAUUGGCUUCAGACUUCUGAAGAAGGUACUACUUUGGUUCAUCUUGAGAAUAUGACUAACAGCCCACAACAAACAGAAGAGAUGUCAUUGUUGAACAAAGUGACUUCAUUAUUUUCUGCUUCGGGUGCUCCAGUUGGAAGUACUUUGAAUUUUGAAAAGAACAAAUCCUUAGAGUCUUUGGUCACACAAAAGAAGGAUCAGCAGUCAAACUUAGCAGAGCUCACAAAUGACAAGCUUCAGUCAUUAAUCUUGAGUAAGCAAUCAGAGAGUAAAUCUCAAAAUGAGGAGGAAAGUCUUCUUAAGGAUUCAGAGAGACAAAUAGUAUCCGAUGUUCAGCAACCAGAAUUUACUGAAAAUAUGAAGCAAGAAUUUCCUUUAAAAAAAAGCAUUCAUGUGAAAAAACAAAGUUUGUUGAAAUCUGUUUUCCAGGUAAGCCAAAUAACUCCUCAGGCUAAAUUAGGUAUAGAAGAUGAUGAAAUCACGACAACCGACUCUGUUUCAGUUCCUCUUGCAUCGCAGUUUAGUAGGAAUGAACACAAAAAUAGUGAGAUUUCCCAGGACCAGUCUUCUAAGGAGUCUGAGAGAACAUUAUUUAAAAGUGCAUUGAAACUCUUUGGUCGGGGAGAAGACUCUUCAGUAAGUGCAACAGCAAAUGAAAAACAGGCAUCUGGGUUUUUGAACCUCUUUAAAACCCAGAUGAAUAAAGAAGGAUCACCAGACUUAGAAAAGAAUGGUGAUAAAAAUAGAAAAAUAACAUCUCAGGAAAUGAAUGAAUCUUCUGGUGUUUCAAAUUUUUUUGGUACCCUUGGGGAUUUCUUUAAAACCAAUGUAUCUUCUACACAGACAACUGAAAAUAUGUCUGUUUCUUCAAUGACUAAUAAGGAUGAGGUCAAGUCAAGUCCUAAUCCCACAAAGCCAACUAUCCAGGAUUUUGGGAACUUUCCUGCCGCACCAGUUUCCUCUAAAGGGAAGGUUCAUGUUAGAAGUCUAAAUAAGCAGACUACUCUUGAUACUGGGCUAAUGGAACCAUCAACUAAGGAUAUCCAGGGCAAUAAUUUGACUGAAAAAGAGGUACCCUCCAGAGACCACUUAAUCCAGCAGUCACCAAAUCCAUCUUUCUCAACAAAUUGUUUCAACGAGUCUUCAAGAGAGUCUACAAUAGAAACUAGUGGUGUGUCUACAGUGACAGAAGUUUCAGGAAGUAAUAAAAUAUCUUUUGAUAUUCUGAGCAGAAAAAAUUCAAAUGAACAAGAUAAUUUUUCUGAUAAAUACUUAAGUUUUUCAACUGUCACAACAUCUCCACCCCAACUGGAGUUGCCAACCAGAAAGAGUAUAUUUUCUUUCCUGACUGGAUCCGAAAAAUCUGAGAACAAAGCCUCUGCUACUCUACCAAGAACCAAAUCUCAAUCAGAAGGGCUAUUCACACUCCCUUCCUUUUUCCCCACUAAUUCAAGCAUCAAGAAAGAUGCCUCUCAUAAUAGCUCUUUUAGUUUCUUCAGCUUGUCCUUUUUGGAUGAAAAACAGCAGACUCCUGGGGAAAAGCAUAGCCUCUCAACUAUUGCUCCAGUGACUUCCCAGCCCUGUAAGAAGCCAAAUGUUUUUGUAGACAUGUGUGGCACAGUGAAUGAAGGUUCCAAUGGCAAUAGAGGUAGCAUAGUCCAGGAGUUAAUUCAUGAGCAGCAAACGGCUCCUUGUGUUUCCAUUAACAACACCAUUGAGGUUACCUUCCUUGAUGAUGAGCUCAAUGUAGGGGAGAACUAUCAGGGAAAGCUAGGGUCCAGUGAUGGAUCUUCAGCAGAUUUCCAGUUGAAUCAGUUGCAAACAGACAUUGCUCCUCAUUCACCAGGAUAUCAGGCACAGACUGAAGCACUGCUUAUUGGUCCAGAGACCUUUGAGGUAGCUUCUCAUGAAGAUUUCAUACAGGAAGCCUUCCUCAGCUGCUCACUGGCCUCAGCUUUUCCACAUGAUAGUCAUUUGAUUGAAAAGCUCAACAAUUUAGACACUUGUACUAACCACCACCAAAAUGAAAGGUUUUCUGGUGGCCCAUUGAACUUGCCAUUAGAAAAGGCCCCUGUUGAGAUCUUAACACAGAUCCUGGAGCCAACCUCUUCCUCUGAAGAGCCGGGGUGUGCAGGGCACCUCCAGGGCCGAGACACAGAUAAAGAGGAAGACAAGUCAUUGUUGGGCUCUUCAGUAGGAAUGCUUUCAGGGUUUGUGAACAAAGUGAAAUCUUUCUCUGGGAGCUCAAUUGAACCUCCCAAAACUCUCUCUGGAUUUUUCUCCUCUUCUAAAUCUCCAAAGAAAAACUCUUUUUUCUCUCUUGCUUCUGGUGCAUCAUCUCCGCCACUCAAAGGUGAGUUAUUUGGAAUUUUCAAAAGUCCCAAACCAGAGACAUGCAAACAAGAAUCAUCUAUCCCAGCUACUGCAUGGCUUCAAAAAGGUAGUUCCAGAGAUGCUGUAGGAUCAGUACCUCCAGAAAAUUUAUGGAGAGAGGAUGUGUCUGCGUCAUUCAAUUCAGAAUCUGCUGUCAAUGACUAUAGAAUGACUGUGGUUAGAGCCAAGUCAGACUCGGAGACCUUGACAAAUGGUCCUAACCUCACAACUGAAGUGGAAAACAGUAAUAUUCCUGACAAUACCUUGACAGAUGAUCUAAAACUAAUGACUGAAAUGGAAAACAGUAUUCCUGACAAUAUUCCAGUAUCCCAGGGUUCUGAAACAAUUGGGGCUACAUCUUCUGUCUCAGGAGAUGAUACUGGACAAGGAGUAUUAUCUCUGAGUGAUGAAGGAGACAUGGGGGUGUUGCAGGGCACAGACACAGAGGCAUCAUUUGAAGCAGAGAAUAUUUCAUUGCCAACACAGUCCCAUCCAGAUCCUACCUGGAUUGCCAAAGAGCUUCCUUCUCCAAUUCAGCCACUUCCUCUUGAGCCAAAGCCAGCUAUGCAAUCUGCCUCCACAAAACGAAACAUCUUAGAGCUACAGGGAACCAAUUCACUAGAAACCAGUACCACAACACCGCUCAGUGAGGCAAGCUCAGUUGGUCAGAGAGCCACACUGGAAACCCAAGGAUCCCUUUCUCACCCUCUGUGGGAGGAACCUGUGCUUUGUGCCAAAGAAAGUUAUGGGAUAUUUGAUGCCCAGAAAGAUCCACCUACAGCCUUCCAGGAAACAGAGCAGCCAAGAUCACGUUUUGAGAUCCCAAACAUGACCAAUUGGCCAAAGCUCCAUUUCCCAUCCUCUGCUACUGACUAUGGGAAACCACUGAGCUCUUUCUUUUCCCCACCUUCCUCCUCUGGCAAUAGGGGAGCAGAGACUGGUUUAAUGUCCGGUUUUAAGAAGUUAUCAGCUCUGUUUGAGGGAGGUAAUGAGGGAAGGGCCAGUAUAGUGGCAAAUGAUUCUAAACUAAGGUUUGGAAAGAAGCUGGAUCUUUUGUUCCCCUGGCCAACAGAGCACAAAGGGGACCCUGAACAAAUGCCUACAGAAUCCUCCACUCCAGUUUUGAUUUUCAGCAGUGACCAGGACUUUAACUCCAGCGAGGCUGACAAAGCCUUGGAGUCUUCUCAAAUGUCUGGGGCCAGUGCUGACCCAGCUAAGGUCUCUGCUCAUCUCUCUGUGACCUCUGAUCGGCUGGAGCCCAAGCCGAGUAUGGGUGCUCAUGGGCUUUCAGGGCUUGGAGAAGUGGAAAACCAGCAGGAAAUCCCAGCAUCUGGAGAAGACUGGAAUACCAAAGGCAACCUCUCAGGCCUCACCAGUCUUUCAGAGAGUCAUGAGGAAGAGCACUGUACUGUCUCUGGGCUACUUCACCAGCCAGAAACAAAAGGAGGGGAGGCAAUGCCUGCCAGCUCUGACUCUGUUUUGAAUGUACAGCUGCCAGUUACUCUGCAUGGCAUCAAGGAAACAAAGACCAAUGAAAGCCCCACCAGCAGUAGUAGGUAUGGCUCCUCCUGUAAUGUGAGCCAAGGAAGCUCUCAGCUGAGUGAACUAGACCAGUGUCAUGAACAAGAUGAUGACCGUCGGGAGAGGGACUCAAUUCAUUCCUGCCACAGCUCUGGUAGCUUCUCUAGAGAUGUCCAAGUGGGUUUUGGAGAACAAGAGAAAACCUUGGAGGUGACUGGUGAAGUAGAGAAGGGGAGAGCAUGUGAACCCAAGGAGAUGAAAGAUGUCACAACCCAUCCUACCCCAGAUCUGGUGCUACAAAAAGACCACGUCCUAGGUCCCCAAGAGAGUGUUCCUGAGGAGACUGCAUCUUCGCCGUUCACCCAAGCCAGAGCACACUGGAUCCGAGCAGUUACCAAGGUUCGACUCCAGCUGCAGGAGAUUCCAGAUGAUGGCGACUCCUCUUUGCCCCAGUGGCUCCCAGAAGGGCCAGCAGGAGGGCUCUAUGGCAUUGACAGCAUGCCAGAUCUACGCAGAAAAAAGCCACUGCCACUUGUCAGCGAUCUGUCAUUGGUCCAGUCCCGGAAGGCAGGGAUUACUUCUGCAAUGGCUACCCGUACCUCUUUCAAGGAUGAAGAGCUGAAAUCCCAUGUGUAUAAGAAAACCCUGCAGGCCUUAAUCUAUCCCAUCUCGUGCACCACACCCCACAACUUUGAGGUCUGGACUGCCACUACCCCGACCUACUGCUACGAGUGCGAAGGCCUGCUCUGGGGCAUUGCCCGGCAGGGCAUGCGCUGCAGCGAGUGUGGAGUCAAGUGCCAUGAGAAGUGCCAGGACCUGCUCAACGCUGACUGCCUACAGCGGGCUGCAGAAAAGAGCUGUAAACAUGGAGCUGAGGACCGGACCCAGAACAUUAUCAUGGCCAUGAAGGACCGCAUGAAGAUCCGAGAGCGUAAUAAGCCUGAGAUCUUUGAAGUUAUCCGGGAUGUCUUCACUGUGAGCAAAGUUGCCCAUGUGCAACAGAUGAAAACAGUGAAGCAGAGUGUACUGGAUGGCACCUCCAAAUGGUCAGCCAAGAUUACUAUCACUGUGGUGUGUGCUCAGGGCCUGCAAGCCAAGGACAAGACAGGAUCCAGUGACCCUUAUGUGACUGUGCAAGUGGGUAAAACCAAGAAGCGUACCAAGACCAUUUUUGGGAAUCUGAAUCCUGUUUGGGAGGAGAAGUUCCAUUUUGAGUGCCACAACUCUUCUGACCGGAUUAAGGUACGUGUGUGGGAUGAGGAUGAUGACAUCAAGUCGAGAGUAAAGCAGCGGCUAAAGCGAGAGUCUGAUGAUUUUCUUGGCCAAACCAUCAUCGAGGUUCGGACACUGAGUGGCGAGAUGGAUGUCUGGUACAACCUGGAGAAGAGGACAGAUAAAUCAGCCGUCUCAGGGGCUAUUCGACUACAAAUCAAUGUGGAAAUCAAGGGUGAGGAGAAGGUUGCCCCGUAUCAUGUGCAGUACACGUGUCUCCAUGAGAACCUUUUCCAUUACCUCACAGACAUUCAGGGCAAUGGAGGAGUCCAGAUCCCUGAGGCCCGAGGAGACGAUGCCUGGAAGGUGUACUUUGAUGAGACUGCCCAAGAAAUUGUGGAUGAAUUUGCUAUGCGCUAUGGCAUUGAAUCCAUAUAUCAGGCCAUGACGCACUUUGCAUGUUUGUCAUCCAAGUACAUGUGUCCUGGUGUGCCAGCAGUGAUGAGCACCUUACUUGCCAACAUCAAUGCCUACUAUGCCCACACAACUGCCUCCACCAAUGUCUCUGCAUCUGAUCGCUUUGCAGCCUCCAACUUUGGGAAAGAGAGAUUUGUGAAACUACUGGACCAGCUCCACAACUCCCUGAGAAUUGACCUCUCUACAUACAGGAAUAAUUUCCCUGCUGGGAGUCCUGAGCGGCUUCAAGACUUAAAGUCCACAGUGGAUUUGCUGACCAGCAUCACCUUCUUCAGGAUGAAGGUGCAAGAACUGCAAAGCCCUCCAAGAGCCAGCCAGGUGGUAAAGGAUUGUGUGAAGGCCUGUUUGAACUCCACAUAUGAGUAUAUCUUCAACAACUGCCAUGACUUGUACAGCCACCAGUAUCAGCUGAAGCAGGAACUACCUGCCGAGGAACAAGGGCCCAGCAUUCGGAACCUGGAUUUCUGGCCCAAACUUAUCACACUCAUUGUGUCAAUCAUAGAGGAAGAUAAGAAUUCCUACACACUUGUUCUGAACCAGUUUCCUCAGGAGCUGAAUGUGGGAAAAGUCAGCGCAGAAGUGAUGUGGCAACUUUUUGCCCAAGACAUGAAAUAUGCACUGGAGGAGCAUGAGAAAGACCGGCUGUGUAAGAGUGCUGACUACAUGAACCUACACUUCAAGGUGAAGUGGCUCCACAAUGAAUAUGUGCGGGAGCUGCCUGCCCUCCAGGGGCAGGUACCUGAGUACCCAGCGUGGUUUGAGCAGUUUGUCCUACAAUGGCUGGAUGAGAAUGAGGAUGUAUCCCUGGAAUUCCUACAUGGGGCCCUGGAACGAGAUAAGAAGGAUGGAUUCCAGCAGACAUCAGAGCACGCACUCUUUUCCUGCUCUGUGGUGGACGUCUUCACACAGCUCAACCAGAGCUUUGAGAUCAUCCGAAAGCUGGAAUGCCCAGACCCCAACAUCCUUGCCCACUACAUGAGGAGAUUUGCUAAGACCAUCAGGAAGGUGCUGAUGCAGUAUGCAGACAUCUUAUCAAAGAACUUCCCAGCUUAUUGCACAAAAGAGAAAAUGCCCUGCAUCCUGAUGAACAACAUGCAGCAACUGAGGGUCCAGCUGGAGAAAAUGUUUGAGGCCAUGGGAGGCAAGGAGUUGGAUCCUGAAGCUGCCGACAGUCUGAAGGAGCUGCAGGUGAAACUGAAUACCGUUCUGGAUGAGCUCAGCAUGGUGUUUGGAAACAGUUUCCAGGUGCGGAUUGAUGAUUGCAUUAAACAAAUGGCCGACAUCCUGAGCCAGGUGCGGGGCCCAGGGAACGCAUCCCCCAACGCCAGGGCCUCAGUGGCUCAGGAUGCAGAUAGCGUGCUCCGACCUCUCAUGGACUUCCUGGAUGGCAACCUCACCCUCUUUGCCACUGUGUGUGAGAAGACGGUCCUGAAGCGUGUGCUGAAGGAGCUCUGGCGGGUGGUAUUGAACACAAUGGAAAGGAUGAUUGUUCUGCCCCCACUCACUGACCACACGGGCACUCAGCUGAUCUUCACUGCUGCCAAGGAGCUGAGCCAUCUUUCCAAACUCAAGGACCACAUGGUGCGAGAGGAAACACGGAGUCUCACUCCAAAGCAGUGUGCUGUCCUUGACCUCGCCCUGGACACCAUCAAGCAAUACUUUCAUGCAGGAGGCAAUGGGCUGAAGAAAACCUUCCUGGAGAAGAGCCCAGAUCUGCAGUCCCUACGCUAUGCACUAUCUCUGUACACACAGACCACAGAUACACUCAUCAAAACCUUUGUGCGUUCACAGACUGCCCAGGGGUCUGGUGUGGAUGAUCCUGUUGGAGAAGUCUCUAUUCAGGUGGACUUGUUUACACAUCCUGGAACUGGAGAGCACAAGGUCACAGUGAAAGUGGUGGCUGCUAAUGACCUCAGGUGGCAGACAGCGGGGAUGUUCCGACCCUUUGUGGAAGUGACCAUGGUUGGCCCACAUCAAAGUGAUAAGAAGAGGAAGUUCACAACCAAGUCAAAAAGCAACAACUGGGCCCCCAAGUACAAUGAGACAUUUCACUUCCUCCUAGGAAAUGAAGAGGGGCCAGAAGCCUAUGAAUUGCAAAUAUGUGUGAAGGAUUACUGCUUUGCUCGAGAGGAUCGUGUUCUAGGGCUGGCUGUGAUGCCUCUGAGGGAUGUGGCAGCCAAGGGCAGCUGUGCCUGCUGGUGCCCCUUGGGCCGGAAGAUCCACAUGGAUGAGACAGGCAUGACCAUUCUCCGGAUUCUGUCUCAGAGAAGCAAUGACGAAGUGGCUCGAGAGUUUGUGAAGCUCAAAUCGGAGUCUCGUUCCUUGGAGGAGGGGAGCUGAGCACCUGAGCUCCUGUGCCAACCACGUGGCACCAGUUCCACAAAUCAGGGCCAGUGGGAGUUCCUGUGUAGCCAGCUUAGGUCCUCAUAGUUAAGAGGCUGACUUCUUCAGUUACAGAAAUUUAAGGGAAUUUUGGGGUGAUGGGAGUUUGGCUUUUCACAGAAAGGGUCAUGAAUCCCUGACCAGUAGGUCUGUGGUGCUAGGGGUUACUGCAUAGGGAGAUUUUCCAUAAAGAGAGAGGGACAGACGUUUCUGAGAGUGUCACCCAUUCUUGGUAGACACACCUCCACUCCACACCCCAUGUCUACCCCUCUCCAUACUGCACCUUAUCCAGUUGGACCCCUAUGUACCAAUCACUAGAAGAACAAGUUUAGGGGGCCCAGAGCUUGUGCCUGGCUAGCUAAGUAGUCAGUUGAGCCUAUAGGUAUCACUGAACCCUAUAGUCUGGAUUGAAGUAUAGCCAGGGCUGGAGCACACAGAACAGAAUUCACACUGUCCCUUGAGCAGAAUCCACUGGUUUUGUGUGCCUCCAGUGAGAAAAAGGCUUUGAAACUGAACAAGAUACCUCUAGAAAUGAGCUCUGUUAAUCCCUUACCCAGUUCAUAUCUGUCGUGAACAGGAGCAGGUUCAUAUGGUGCUUCAGAGCCUUGAGCAGAAUAUUCUUUGGAACCCAAGUACCAGAGGCUACUUUCCCAGGAGUUCCUCUACCUCACUCCUGUAGGAAGGGAAGUGAUGCUUCAGGACAUGAGAGGCUGUUCUUGUGUGUAUGCAUCUGAGGACUAGUUGAAGGAUCCAGGAGAAAAGACUAUAUUUCCUUCUUGGGUAGGCCCCGAACAAAGCCAAAAAUUUUUGGAAAUUAGUCUAGAAGGAGUUCUCCUCACUUAUGGUCACUGCCCUCUGGCUGUCCUCCCCCUUGUAGAAAGAAUCUAGCCUUUGAUUUCACUCCUGUCAUUAGGUCAGCUGUGUCCCCUCAUAGAUAGUCAGCCCCUUGGAAGAAACUUGGCCUAUGAUCCCUCUAUACAGACUGGAUGGAGGAGGGCCUCAACACUCCCGGGAGGUUAGAGACAAACUCUUGCAAGGGGUCAUGUGGGCUUCCCAGGCCUUUGCUCAGAGAAAUGACAUGGUCCUUUAAUAUCCUUGGGAGCAGCUUCCUGGACUUCCUUCCUGGACUUUCUGAGGACUCUGCAUUGACCACAGCUGUACUGGUCAUUACAUUAAACAAGAAAUUAAGCAUAUUUGCUGUUGUUAAUUAUUGUAUGUGCCAUUGUUACAGGAGAUUAUUGGCUAGUCUGUAAUAAAUUAUCUUAUAGCA